CUGCUGCAUAUCACUCCGCCUCCUCGUUGAGAAUAGGCCAGGGUAUAAUGGCUGACUUUGCUGGGCCGACAAGCGUACAUUGACUUGAGUGGAUUUAUCUACAAUACCGAAACGUUUAUUUUUAUUGUUCUAUUUUGAGACACAGCCUUCUCCUGGCUCUAAGAAUGUGCCGUUGACCAUAAACUGCAACGAUAAUUUCUUAAAGACUCUGAGGUGCAGAGUGGCGGAGAACAUGGCAACGGGGGGAACCUCCUUUGACGAGCAGGAGCUGCACAACUGGACCGUCACCAACGGCAGCAGCUUGGAGGACAGGCUCAACAACAUGGACUGGGGUGUCCAGCAGAAGAAGGCGAACCGCUCGUCCGAGAAGAACAGAAAGAAGUUCUCGGCCGGCGGAGUCACGGAGAGCCGGCUGACCAACGACAUCUCCCCGGAGUCUACACCGGGCGCGGGGAGGAGGAGGGCCCGCACCCCCCACUCCUUCCCCCAUGUUAAGUACACCACCCAGAUGUCUGUGCCGGAUCAGGCUGAGCUGGACCGCCUGAGGCAGAGGAUCAACUUCACUGACCUGGACGAGAGGAGCAUAGGCAGCGACUCCCAGGGCCGCGUCACCGCAGCCAAUAACCAGCGCCAGCUGGCGGCCGAGAACAAGAAGCCCUUCAACUUCCUGCCGCUGCACGUCAACACCAACAAGAGCCGUGAAGCACCCUCCGCCUCUGCCCCCUCCACCCCGUCCGUUGUGGCUACUGCCAAGAAGCAGAGCCCCGGCUCAGUCCGCAGGGAGGCCUUUGCCCCGUCUUUGCCCGGCAAGGACCUGCCGGGGCUGGGUAGAGGGGCAGAGAGACUUCCUCCACCCUCCGUGGACGACGGAAGGGAUGAUCCCAACAUCGACAGCAGCCAGGUGGUAAGCAAGCUGGUGCAAAUUCGGGAGUACAUCGGAAAGGCCAGCUCCAUGCGGGAUGACCUGGUUGAGAAGAACGACAUUCCGGCCAACGUGGAACGCCUGUCCCACCUCAUCGCCCACCUCAAGGAGCAGGAGAGGUCUUACCUCCGGUUCCUGCAGAAGAUGCUGGCAAGGGAGAACGAGGAGGACGAGGCUGGAACGAUGGACUCAGCCUUGGGUUCCGGCUCAUUGCCUGAGAGCACCUCCCUCAACAUCGAGGUGCGCUCCUCGGAUGCCUCCAAUGCUACGGGCCGGGUAGCAGAGCGUAGCGACCAGAAGGAAGAGCUGGAGAACCUGCGGCGGCAGCACGAGCUGCUGAAGAAGAUGCUGGAGCAGCAGGAGCAGCUCCGGGCCCUGCAGGGCCGCCAGGCAGCACUACUGGCCAUGCAGCACACCAGCCAGCACGCCGUGGACGACACCGUGCCAACCGAGACCACCGGCAGUGUGUCAGGGCUGAGCAUCACCUCAGAGCUGAAUGAGGAGCUCAACGACCUAAUCCAACGCUUCCACAACCAGCUCCACGACACCCAGACCAAGGCUGUAGUCCCAGACAACCGCCGACAAGCCGAGAGCCUCUCCCUCUCCCGUGAGGUGUGCCGCUCCCGUUCCUCUCAGCCGCCUCCCCGCUCGUCCACCGCCUCGUCCUCCUUCCUCCACCCCACAGCCCUGACCUCCGCCCCCCCCGCGUUGCCCUCGGCGGCCAGCGCCAAGCUAACCAAGCUGCAGGAGCUACAGGACAAGAAGCAGACCAUGGACAAGAUCCUGCAGGAGCUGCAUUCCCUCCGAGACCAGACCCUCAACAACAACUCCUGUCGCGUUGCCGGCGAACCCCUUCCCUCUCAGCAAAGCCUGGGUCUGGGCUCCUCCUCGGAUCGCCCCUCUGCCCUAUACAGGGAACCUAACGGGGCCUCUGCCAUGAGACAGGACCCAUCUCCUUCCUACCGGCCCUCCACGCAUCCCCAGCACGAGGACGCCCCAGCAGAUAAACUCCGGAAGCUGAAGGAGGUGCACAAGCGUCUGAACGAACUGCGCGAGCUGGUGCAGUACUACGAGCAGACGUCCGACAUGAUGGUGGACACGGUCAACGAGAACGUGAAGGAGGACGACGAGGAGGAGGAUGAGGAGGAAACAGAGGAGGACGGCUCCAUGCUCGAGGCGAUGUUCGACUCGGAGCAGGAGAACCGCCGCCCCCCCGUCACCAAUAUCAGAAACCCACAGCACCCUGGGAACUGGACGGAUAUGAACAGCCUGACCAACGGCCGCGGAGGGGGAGGGGGGGGCGCCAACAACCGCUCCGACGGGAGACUCAACACCGAGUGUGAGAUCAACAACCGCUCGGCCGCCGCCAACCUCCGCAGCCUCAACAUCCCCUCGGCCAUAGAGUGUCAGUACAACAGUGACCGCCCCUACAACCAGGUCAAAGACCACAACCACACUGACCGCCGAAACGACGAUGACGACGCCUUGGAGGAUGAAGAGCGAGUGCCAGGACGCCGUGGUCAGGAUAGCGAGGGCUCGGGGUCGAGCCAGAGGAGCAGCCUAGCCAACGACGACGCAGACUUUGCCCACAAGGUCCACCGGUUGCAAACGGCCAAGCAGAAACUCCGGCAGCUGCAGGAGCUCGUGGCCAUGGUGCAGAGUGACGAUACAGACGCCACCACGGCCAACGAGGAUGAGAGCCUCCGACACCAGCAGCCCAAUAACACCCGAGCUGCUGCCUCCUCCGCAGCCAAGAGCCCCAGGGACCUCGCCCUCACUGACAAGGCCAGGGAGAAGCUGUACGAGGAGAAGCUUCGCCAGCAGCAGCAGGAGUUGAAGCAGCUCCAUGAGGAGCGCCAGCGGCUGAUGGAGAUUCAGGACAAGAUCCAGGACCUGCAGUGGGCCUGCCCCGACCUCCAGUCGUCGGUGUCUAGCAGCUCCGUGGGCCAGCAGGCCCUGAUGAGGAAGCUCCCGGCUGCAGCUUCCACCCCGGCCCCUCCUCCCGCUCCGUCUGCACCGCCCAAAGCCGCUGCGUCCCCUGCCUCCGCCGCCGUGCUCAAACCCACCGCCCAGGCGUCCGCCUCGGUCACCGACAAUGAGCAGCUGUGGUGUGAGAUGCGGCGCCACCAGAUCCUUCGGGAGGAGCUGCGCCAGCGGAGGAAGCACCUGGAGUCCCUGAUGGCCGAGCACCAGAGGAGGAGCGGCCUCAGCGACUCCCCCUAUAGGCCGGAGGACCCAGAGGGAAACGCCGAUGGCUCACAGCCGCUCAGCCGGGACGAGAGGACCAUGGCAACGUGGGGAGACUCCAGCCUCUGUCAGCUAGAGGAGGACGGCUAUCCCUCCGAGACGGGCGCUGAGGAGGAGGAGGAAGAGGAGGAGGAGGAAGGGGCAGAGUCUAGCUCCAGUGACGACCAGCACCUAUACUCCACUAGGAAGCAGCGAUCAUACAGCAAUAGGAAACAACUUGGCAGUAAGCUCCUCAAGCCCCCCCGGCAGUUUGCGUCAGACGCCAGCGGCCGCCCGUUUCCCCGUGCUCAAGCCCGAGCCGCGGAACAACAGUCCCAGUCCAACGUCAGUGCCAGCGCGGCCGGUGCACGGCGCCAGGAGAACCUGCGCUGGGCCUCCGAGCUGUCCUUCCAGGAGGGCCCUGGCACCGGGGCCCGGUUGGCACCCCGUCCCUGGCAGGAGCAGGCGGCGGCGCUACAGAGGCAGCUGGACUUCAGCACUGGCAUGUGUCAGACCCUUCUGCAGGACCAGCAGACGCUGUCCUACAUGCUGCAGACCCUUCUGACUGGGCCAUACAGCGCCCUGCCCAACAACCUGUCCUCACCCCAGGUCCACCUGGUCAUGCACCAGCUCAGCCAGUGUUACACUCAGCUGGCCUGGCAGCAGAACAACGUCCAGAGACUGAAGCAGGUGUUAAGCGACAUGCUCCUCCAGCAGCAGCAGGCCUCGUCGUCAGGUCAGCAGGCCCCCAACCAGGGCUCCUCGUCCCGGGAGUCCGGCGGCGCUUGUCCCCCCCUCUCCCCCACCAGCCUAUUCCUCCCCUUCCCCUCGUCCAUCCCCCCCUCCGUCAACCAGGCCCUGAGCUUGCCCCCUGGCUUUUCCGGAUUCUCUCCCCUGACCGGGUUUAACUUCAACCCCCUGUUCCCCUCUGCCAUGGGGGAGUUUCCUCAGUGUGUGGGCGCCCCGACCAGCUCAGGUCAGCACCAGCAGCAGGAUCCCAACACCUCAGUUAAGACGGAGUACAUGAGCUUCCCCCCGCCCCUACAACGUUCCCCGCUCAACACUGCCGACAAAAGGCCACUGAGGCAGGAUAAAAGCGGCUGCAGUCGGGGCCACGAAUCCGGCUGGCUGGACGUCUCGCAGCCACCAGAUCCUAUCGCCGAAACCCCUUCAGCCCAACGAGGGGCUAACAACGGCCGACCCCUGACCUUCGACCUGGUCUCCCAGGGAAGCUUCAGCAGUACUGCAGACCCGGCGGACCCCGCCACCGUCACCAAGACCUUCAAGGCUGGACGUAAAGCCUCCGCCCAGGCCAGCCUGGCCUCGCGUGACAAGACACCCAACUCCAAGAGGAGGAGCCGCAGGGCAAAGGAACAGCACAAGAACCCUGGUCCAGAAGCGGAGAGCGACAGCGUGUCCAGCAUGGCAGACUUUGUCCAGGAGAGGGCGCCGCUGCCCCACCGCAAGCGGGACCAGAACCAGAGCCUGCUCGACAAACUGACCCAGGAAAAACUGGACAGCAAGACCAAGACCGGCAACAAACCCAACGACCUCUCCUCUGCCUAUGCUUGGAGAACACCUUUCCUCUCUAACAGAAUUGCAUGCACUGAAGCACCAGAUGCCAGCAGUGACUUCUCCCUGUUCGAGGCCCUGCGGGAGACCAUCUACUCCGAGGUGGCCACGCUCAUCUCCCAGAACGAGUCGCGGCCUCACUUCCUUAUAGAGCUCUUCCACGAGCUGCAGCUGCUCAACACAGACUACCUACGCCAGAGGGCCCUCUACUCCCUGCAGGACAUAGUGACCAGGCACCUGACGGAGAAGAACGCGUCAGAGGAGCGGCCUUCCUCCCUGGGCCCUGUAGCCUGGGCGGCUGGUUCCCAGUCGGAGCUCACUCCCAGCGAGAGCCUGGCCACCAGUGAUGCGGACGUGUCGGAAAAGAACGUUCGGGUCAUCAAGCACAACGACCCCAACAAAAGGAGGAAUGACGCCGACUCUGUGGACAACGAGAGCACCCUGUCCACAUCCUCUAACCUGGAGCCGUUUGCUAACGAUGACUUGGGUAACACAGUGAUCCACUUAGACAAAGCUCUGGCCAGGAUGAGGGAGUAUGAGCGCAUGAAGCUCAAGGCCGAGCUUACCCUCGACACCGCCGCUGCUAACGCCCCCGAGGCCUCCGCUAACUCCUCUACUAGUGCUGCUCAGCUGCUGGCAGGUGCCGGAGGCGAGUCAGGAGAUGUUCGCUGUCCACAGAUUGACACCCAGCAGCUGGACAGACAGAUCAAGGCCAUCAUGACUGAAGUCAUUCCCUUCCUCAAGGAGCACAUGGACGAGGUGUGUUCCUACCAGCUGCUGACAUCCGUACGGCGCAUGGUGCUCACCCUCACCCAGCAGAACGAUGAGAGCAAGGAGUUUGUUCGCUUCUUCCACCGACAGCUGGGAGGCAUACUGCAGGACUCUCUGAGUAAGUUCACAGGACGCACCCUAAAGGACUGUGGCGAGGACCUGCUGGUGGAGAUAUCGGAGAUCCUGUUCAACGAGCUGGCCUUCUUUAGACUCAUGCAGGACCUAGACAACAACAGCCGCAGUGUUGCCGCUACAUCCCAGACCAGACACAGGAACAACAGUAGACCGCCGCCUAAAAAUAACAACCAGCAAGUCAACCAGACGCACCGGAACAACCAGGAACUCAAGGCAUCGGAGGCAGAGAAGUCCUUUUCCACAUUGUUUCUCGACGAAGACAAAGAUCAAGAUGAAACAGAGCUGAGAGAGCGGGAGGAGGAGGCGAAUGGAGGUGAAAGUAAGGACAGCAAGAGCAGCGAGGCCUCUGAGGACGACGAAGGACUGCCUCUCUCAAUUAGUCUGUCCAAGGCAGAGACCCAGGCCCUUACCAACUAUGGCAGCGGGGAGGAUGAGAAUGAGGUGGAGGAGAUGGAGGAGUUUGAGGAAGGGGUCCCGGAUGUCCAGACGUCGCUGCAGGCUAGCAAUGACGGCGGAGAUCAACAGGGCACAAUUGGAAACCAUGAGACAAAAUCAGACCCAGAAAGCUCAGAGAGUAACGAUGCAGUCAAGAGCAGCAAGUCCGAGUCCAUCGAGGUGGUCGACUCCCCGGAGGAGGAGCACGACGGAGAGGGUGCUGAACGCAGGAGGCCGGAGGGGGGGAGCCACACAGCCACCGCUUCAGCCGGUGCCAUCAAUAACCAGGAGGUUUCUGACUCCCAGGUCUUCAACAGCAGUAGCCCAGACACGGAGUCGCCCGUCAUGAUCAAUUCAGAUGAGGUGGUUUCAGGAAACACAAGCCAGAAGUCGGACGAAGAGGACUUUGUGAAAGUGGAGGACUUACCAAUGCAGCUCAGCGUCUUGUGUCAGGAGGAACUCCAGAAGAGGAUAGUGGAGGAGCAGCGGAAUAAUAAUCUGACUGCUGAGAUCCUCAGUGGAAACACGGACACGCUGGAUGGACUGGUGGGCAGCGGGGACACACUACGGGAGCCAGAAACGGUAGGUGCUCAGAGUGCAUGAAGAAACUGUUUUUGUGAGUGAGCAUAGGUUUGAACCAUCCAGCUGCAUUACCCCCAACAAGCCCUGAAGACUUUUGGACUCCCAUUGAAACUUCAUUACUCGUGCCAGCGACAAGGCUUUGCUCUAAAUUAUAACUAAAACCGUUCAAACUACAACUGUAUUGUAAACAACUGUUUUAUUCCUGCUCCUGGGACUGUAUUCAUGAAGCCUGUCCUUGCAUUUAAGAUCAUAAUACAUAUUGGUUUUAGAUUUGUGUGGAUAAGCAGGCCUUUGAUCCAAGAUGAGCAUCCCUGCUCUAAGACGCCUGAUAGAUUAAUGCCCCAGAUUACUGAAUGUGUUGUAUGAUUUGUUGCCAAUGGGCGGGUUCUUUCUUUCUCUAUGCUGCGGUGUUCCGUAUAAAGUUUUGUUUAAGACAUCUAGUACACUACUUGUUCAAUCGCCUUAGACUUUUUCCCCUGGAUCUGUUUGGAAUCUGUUGUCGUUUUAAAAAAUUGUUUUCUUGGCUUUGCUUGUCAAGCACUAGACCCUUAUGAACUUUCAAUGACAAAGUAUGACUUCAAACUUGGUAAAGGCUGCUGGGGUGUAUUUGUUCCAUUAAAUAAAAAUGUUUUACUAAACGGUGUCUUUUUAGAACGUACCUGAAUUUAUGCAGUAGAAACUGGCAACGUUUUGCAAUUGAAGCGUUUAAUUUGGUGGAACGACUACAGCAUGUGAAAUGUCAAGACUACACUAGCACCUAACACCUCUUCCUUCUCGUUAUGGGACUGUGCUAAACUUUAUUGCAGUCUUUAAAAUGUUCCUUAUUUUUUCCUUCCAAAUCUUUUUACUUUUGUAGGCAUAUUGAUGUUUUGCGUUUCUCAAGUUAGUUUACCAUGAUUUCUAUGUAACUACACAUGUUGACUACUGUAUGAAUAAAAUUAAACUUUUAAAAAUGG